GGAACAGUAAUGAAACGCACCGCAAACAUUUCCUUAAAACACAGCUGGACAAUUCUUUACAUUUAACGAACCAAAACGUUCCACUUUUUCAUGUAGUUUUGACAUAUGGCUUCAACCAUGAUUCCAUACACGGUCAAUAUUAAACUGGCUGCACGAACAUUGACCGGAACCCUUAAUUUACAGAACAAGACAGCAGUAGACUGGGGAUGGCAGGGACUGAUCGCUCAAGGCUGUCACUCUAGUAUCCUCAUCAUUGAUCCAAAAACGGCUCAGACCAUUCAGGUCCUGGAGAGACACAAAGCCAGUGUAGUCAAGGUAAAAUGGUCCAGAGAAAACUAUCACCACAGUCUCAGCGCACCCUACUGUCUUCGCCUGGCAUCUGCAGAUGCAGCAGGGAAGAUUAUUGUGUGGGAUGUGGUGAGUGGUAUGGCACACUGUGAGAUCCAGGAACACACCAAACCUAUUCAGGGUAAGAACCCUAUGGCUGAAGCAGUGACUCUUAAUGAUUGUCUCCAGCUGUCAUAUCUACCAUCUAAGAGGAAUCACAUGUUACUGUUGUACCCCAGAGAAAUCCUCAUCCUAGACUUGGAGCUCAGUCAGACCGUUGGAGUGGUUGCCAUCGAGCGCUCUGGCGUACCCUUUAUACAGGUGAUUCCUUGUGCCCAGAGAGAUGCUCUUUACUGCCUCCACGAGAACGGUUGCAUCACCCUGCGUGUGUGCCGUUCCACAACACCUUCUCCUAAUGAAACAGUGAUUGAUCCAGAGCAGAAUGUGCAAGAGUUGGUAUACGAUCUCCGCUCCCAGUGUGACGCCAUCCGUGUGACUAAGACAGUGCGGCCCUACCGAGUGGUGAUCUGUCCUGUCAACGAGAACAGUGCCGCCCUCAUAGUCAGUGAUGGAAGGGUAAUGCUGUGGGAGCUCAAAGCUCAUGCCAGUAAAUCAUCUUCAGGCCUGAGUUCUGGCUUGCCACCUUUGUAUUCUCCCGUGAAUUUCUGUGGAACACCUUUACUUCAGAAUCAAAAAUGCAUCCCAGAUCUUUCUCUGAAUACAAUGAUAGGUCACAGUCUGAUUUCUGGAGUGGACUCCCCACGACCCCUGGCAGGUCAACAAGAAGUACAUCUGAAGUUCCUGUUGACAGGUCUGCUGUCUGGCCUGCCUUUGCCCCCAUUCUCCCUCCGGAUGUGCCCUCCGCUUACCACAAAGAACAUCAACCAUUACCAGCCCUUAUUGGCUGUGGGUACAAGCAAUGGCUCUGUGCUGGUGUACAACUUGACCAGUGGCCUCCUGCACAAAGAGCUAAGUGUCCAUUCCUGUGAAGUCAGAGGAAUCGAAUGGGUUAGUCUGACUAGUUUUCUGUCCUUCGCUACCUCUGUUCCCAACAACCUUGGACUUGUGAGGAAUGAACUGCAACAUGUGGACUUACGCACAGGGCGGUGCUUUGCAUUUCGAGGUGAACGUGGGAACGAUGAACCAGCCAUUGAAAUGAUUAAAGUGUCACAUCUGAAGCAGUACCUGGUGGUGGUGUUUAGAGAUAAACCUUUGGAACUCUGGGAUGUCCGCACAGGAACCCUGCUGCGUGAGAUGGCCAAGAACUUCCCUACUGUCACUGCCCUGAGUCUGUUGCAGGAUGCUGAGAGUAAAUCUGAAAUGAGUCAGGGCAUAUCAGCUCGAGAACACUUUGUGUUUACUGACACAGAUGGUCAGGUCUAUCACAUCACCGUGGAAGGCAACACUGUGAAGGAUGGGGCACGUAUUCCACCUGAUGGCAGUAUGGGAAGCAUUGCCUGUAUUACAUGGAAAGGAGACACCCUAGUUCUGGGAGAUGUAGAUGGAAACCUCAAUUUUUGGGACCUAAAGGCUCGUCUUUCAAGGGCUGUACCUACCCACCGUGGGUGGGUGAAGAAGAUUCGUUUUGCUCCUGGGAAAGGCAACCAAAAACUCUUGGUGAUGUACACAGAUGGAGCUGAGGUCUGGGAUACCAAGGAGGCCAAUCCAGUAUGGUGUCCCUAUCUUCUACUGCCACGUGCUGCUCUCACACUGAAGGCCUUUCUGCUACUGCAGCCAUGGUCCGAUACAUUAACCAUGGACAUCACUCAUGUAGACUACAAAGAAAAAGAUGAAAUUAAAGGACUGAUCCAGGAACAGCUCAACUCUCUUUCUAAUGACAUCAAAAGCGUUCUCCAGGAUCCAAAUCUGAACUUGCUACAACGCUGCCUCCUUGUGUCUCGGCUGUUUGGUGAUGAAUCAGACCUUCAGUUUUGGACGGUGGCUGCUCAUUACAUCCAGUCUUUUGCCCAGAGCUGCCAGCCCAGCGGAUACGUCCCAGAAGGCCAAACACCAGCUGAGGGCCCUCAGAGCAGCCACCUGGACAUUUGCCACGACAUCCUAUGUGAAAGCUCUUUCUUCCAGAGGUUUCAGCUGGAGCGUGUUCGUCUACAAGAAGUGAAACGAUCCAGCUAUGAACACACCAAAAAGUGUGCUGACCAGCUUCUGCUGCUGGGACAGACGGACCGUGCAGUGCAGUUGCUUUUGGAGACCAGUGCAGAUAACUCCAGCUACUACUGUGACUCUCUCAAAGCCUGUCUGGUGACCACCAUCACCUCAUCCGGCCCGUCUCAGAGCACCAUUAAACUGGUGGCCACAAAUAUGAUUGCAAACGGCAAGCUUGCAGAGGGUGUGCAGUUGCUCUGCCUGAUCGACAAAGCAGCAGAUGCUUGUCGUUAUCUGCAGACGUAUGGAGAGUGGAACCGUGCUGCCUGGCUGGCUAAGGUGCGUCUGAGCCCAGCAGAAAGUUCAGAUGUGCUGAAGCGCUGGGCAGAGCAUCUGUGUUCUCCUCAGGUAAAUCAGAAAUCAAAGGCCAUCCUGGUCCUGCUCUCAUUAGGAUGCUUUCACAAAGUGGGCGAGAUGCUUCACAGCAUGAGAUAUUUCGACCGUGCUGCACUCUUUCUUGAAGCCUGCUUGAAAUAUGGUGUGAUGGAGACAAAUUACGACAUUAAUAAGCUUAUAGGUGCAGCCUUUGUGGACUACGCUAAGCUGCUUCGCUCCAUCGGACUGCAACAGGGUGCUGUGCUAUGGGCGUCUCGUGCUGGAGAGACGGGAAAGGAGCUGCUGGAUGAGCUGUGCCAAACAGAGAGUAUGGGGCUAGAGCCCAGCCCCACUGAGGAGGAAGUGGACAACUCUCUUGGCAAUGUAGAAUGACUUGCCCCCAAGUACACCAGUGGGGGAAAGAGAGGAUAUGUAAAGAAAAACUUAAGAUGCAUAAUAUCUUUAAAAAAAAAA